AUGUCCAAAACAUCCGUCGACAAGCUCCUGAGAAUCCCCCAGUCUCUGCGAGACUCCAUCUCGCGCACCAGGGUGGACUACCGUCAUCUCGGCAACUGUGGGCUCAGGGUGUCCAAUCCAAUCCUGGGAGGGUUGCACAUUGGAAACUCUCGUUGGCUUCCGUGGGUGCUCAACGAGGAAGAGGCCAUGCCGAUACUCAAGGCAGCUUACGACCGUGGGAUAAACACGUGGGAUACGGCCAACGUCUACUCCAAUGGAGAGUCUGAAAAGGUCAUUGCCAAGGCUCUGAGGAAAUACAACAUCCCACGCAGCAAGGUCAUCCUCAUGACCAAGUGCUAUCGUGUUGUGUGUGACUCGGAGAACUUUGACCCUGGGUCAGGAGUGACGAUGCAUCAUGAGCUGGCAGACAAGAGCAAAGACUACGUCAACCAGUGGGGUCUAUCACGGGCAGCCAUCUUCAACGCUGUGGAAGCCUCUCUUGAGCGUCUUGGGACGCAUUACAUUGAUAUCUUCCAGAUCCACCGCUUUGAUCCCACUGUGCCCAUAGCUGAGACCAUGAGUGCUCUAAACGAUCUGGUCAAAGCGGGCAUGGUGCGGUAUCUCGGUGCAAGCUCCAUGUGGACGUAUCAAUUCGCAGCCAUGCAGAAUCUAGCCCAUGCCAAAGGGUGGACCAAGUUUGUCUCGAUGCAAAACCACUAUAACCUCAUCUACCGCGAAGAAGAGCGAGAGAUGAUUCGGUAUUGCAAUGAUACUGGCGUUGGUCUUAUUCCCUGGGCUCCUCUUGCAUCUGGAAGACUGGCACGCAGGCCAAGCCAACAGUCUGUGUCAAUACGCGCAUCCAACAGUAGAAACGGCUCCAUCUAUGAAGCAGAUGACUGCAACACAGACAAGAUCGUUUCAAGGGUGGAAGAGAUUGCUGUCAAGCGAAACUGGCCAAUGAGCCAUGUCGCCCUCGCUUGGCUGAACAAGAGAGUCACGGCUCCUAUUAUUGGCUUCAGCACUGUUCAGCGCAUAGAGGAAGCUUUAGCGGCUGUGGGUAAGGAGCUUAGUGAGGAUGAGGAGAGGUAUCUAGAGGAACUAUAUGUUCCUCGGCCUAUUCAGGGUCAUUCUUGA